UCGCUUCUGGAGCAAUACCGUAUAAAAACUGCAAGCGAAGACAAAUCACGUAACAGUCGAAAAUUUUCCUCUUAGCAGAGUGGAAGGAUAAUCCGGGAAACGUGUUGAAGCUCGAGUAUACAGCGUCCGCGUCCGUGCACAAAAUGCAAACCAAUACUAUCGAAAUAAUGGCAAGUGAUCAGUUCAGUGGUUCGUGGAGUGCGAUUCCUUACGGUUACGGCGACUACAGUGUGCCGCCGAGUGCGGACUGGAUGACGUCCCCGUCAACGAACCUGGAAAGUGCCCGGCAAAGUUGUGAAUCCCUGGCGCAGCAAAAUAAUUUCUUCCAGCCGACGAACGGAAGAGCAAUUCAUCGGCACUCAUCGCAGUCCUCACCAGCGGAAGCUGCCGAGGCCGAGGCCACUAUAAACAGCUAUCCUUACGCGGUCCCGUAUCAUCAUCAUCAGCAUCAGGCAGCAAACUAUGGACCGAAUCCGCAUGUGCAGCAAAAUCAUCCGCAGAAGCAGCCGCAACCGGCCAAGAAGAUUGCCUCAAACAGUGCACGAUAUGUUCCUCACGGUUACUACACCCAAACUGGGCGUACAUUGACAUCCGCUGCUGCUGGAUCACCAGCGCCCCAGCAGAGCUUGUAUCCUUCCCCACCGGGCCAGGUGCUGUCGACGGAAGAAACGAACUACAAUGGCAAACCGUUCGGUAUGGUUUACAUGAAUGGCAACCAUCCAUCGGCUCCAAUCGGCUACACCGGCUACACGGAACCUGUGCUGACCAGCUUAUGCAGUGGACCAGUUAGCAACGAUCUGUACCAACCGUACAAUGUGUCCCCCAUGAGCUAUGGCGAGAGUGCAGCGGCAUACCCUGCCAUUGGUCUGAGUACGUUGGAAUCACCGUUCGCACCACUAAAGUACGACGCGUGGACUUCGGAAUCCUCCAUCAUCCAACCGUUGAUGUCACCGAUGGAACACCCGAUUGCGAUCAAGCAGGAAUAUAUUCCAUCCGCGUUUAAUACUCCCUCGCCAUCUACCAUCACCGGUGGAAGCUGCAUCAAGAUGGAGCUUCUGUCCGAUUCAUCGCUAUCGCCUCCUCCGGGAAAUAACCAUCCGGCGGAAGUGCACGGAUCACAUGACGCUUGCAAAUCACCGUCUUCGUCUCAUCUGCUACCUCCACCGAACGACAAAAGGUCAAACAGCAAUCCCGGCACCAUGCCAGUGAAAAAAGCGACCCGCAAAACGAACAACUACGGUGACCAGUACGCUUGUCUCGAAUGCAGCCGUACCUUUGCGCGGCAGUGCGGUCUGACGCAGCACACAAAGUGGCACCAUUCGGGCGAGAAACCGUUCCGCUGCAUCACCUGCGGGAAGUGUUUCAGCGAACAGAUCGCACUGGACGAUCAUCUCGAGCGGCACACGAGCACCGACAAACCGUACCAAUGUCUGCUGUGCCCGAAAGCGUUCUUUCACAAGAACGAUCUGCGCCGGCACGGGUUCCAGCACUCCGGGAAGGCACCGCACGCUUGCCGGUACUGUUCGAAAACGUUCGCCCGGAAAGACCACUGCCACAGCCAUGAAGGAUCACACGAGCGGAAAAUGCAGCGCAAGCAGCGAAGAACAAAACGGGUAUCGGUUGCUCACGAGGAGCAGCUGCAAAGCCAACAGAGUUAAGGAAGAGAUCGCCAUGUGGACGAAAUAUAGAGCAUCGUGAUAUUCGUUAAUUUAUUGUAUGUUAAUUGUAAAAACGAAAUGUACAAGUGACUAUGACUGGGGGGCAACAAGGUCCGCGACAUAAUAUGUGAUUUGAUUGUAUAAAAUGUUACAAUGCACAAGUACAAGUUAGUUGUUUAAGACAUUCGAAGAAAGGACAAUCAUGUACAGUGAUCGUACAAAUAAAAAGGAAAAGAAAAAGCCCAUAGAAAGGUUAAUUACGAAAUUCGCCACUAUUUGCUCAAAGUAAAAGGUAAAUGAUUAUAAUAUUGUUACGGACUAGAUUGACAACGUAGAAGGAAUGGAAGUGUUCCAUAUCACGCAAAGCAGCUAUCUAUUUAUCUAUGAAUACCAAUGCCAACGUAUCUUUGUCCUACAUUUCUCCACAAACAGUUAUCGUUUCGCAGUGAGCCCCAAAUCAACCAAAAGUUUAUAACAAUGUUUGACAAUGAUGUAACCUUCGACUUGCAAUCUAGUAGAACUUGUUUCACAUUAUUUAUGCACAAUGCCUCUCUUUUAGCGUUAUUGUACCUAGCUAUUCGAGUUGAUGCGAAGUAAUGGAAGAUGAAGUUACACAAUCUACUCCCCAGGGAGGACAGGUCCACACUGUAAGGAAGGCUCACAUCUCCUCUCCUGUCAGAAGUGGUUACAUCGCUCAACCAACCGUAAUUCAAUUGUCCUUUUUUAUUUGUAUGAAUGGUUGAUACACGGUAUGUACACGGUUGCGUUUGCCAGAUCGAAUAAAUUCGCAAAUGCGAAAUGUGAUAAUACGCAACCGCAUUAGAGUAAUCCAGCGGUUCUAGGCGGUUGAAAAAUCUAGCGCGUACAGACCAUGUGCAGGAAUUGUUAACCAACAAAAAAAAAUAUUUAGAUAAUUAAAACUAACUUUCGCUCAAGGAGUCAGUUCAUCGAUGGACGGCACCAAUCCGCUCCUAGGGGUACCUCAU